GGAGGAAAAGAAGCAAUUCCGUGACCACAAAGGGACUCUUUAUCAGCGGACAGAUAUGGACGUUAAUGCACAACACAGACGCUAUUGUCUUUUGUAAGGAGGACCGCGUCCUCCGGUCGGAAAGCUCUGGUAUAUGAAGAGUUAAGACUCGACAUCCCAACUGUUUAUUUCGGCAGCUAGCAGGCUAACUGGCUAGAUACCUUACAGGAGCUAGACAUGGGAAGCCCGUGUGAGUUUGCUUAAUAGAGAUCUUCGUCGAGCUUUGAGGAGGCUGUUUUCCGUUCAGAUAUUAUCGGAGGUGAUUGAAAGUAUCCGUCAACCUGCCUCGUAAGGAACUUUGAAGAAUGAUACCAACUGAACGCUAAAGCAUUUCACUACUACAGACCCGGAGAGGAGCACACACACACACAACAAAAAGUCAGACAGGCUCGCUGGCUCGAGGUUACACUCAAACACCAAGAAGGGAGAACAUGACUCACUGGCCUCUGCCAGAGACUGGCACAGGGCAGCUGCGCCAACCUUGCCCCUGCCUGCGGCUUUAGAAACUACCCCGUUGCACCAUGACGGAGAGGCACUGAGGUAGCUCCCUGACAAUCAUCUCAAUACCUCUCCUCCUCCUCCCUAUCCCUUAAGACCCCUCCCCCCCCGCCCCUGCCCCGUCCCCAUCAUGCUGCGAUUCCUGCCUCUCAAACUUGGCCGCCUGUACCGCUGUCUGAAACUCCUGUUCGUGGUGGGAUUGUUUGUCAUCUUGUUGAUGAACACCCACAACCUGUUCGCCUCCUUCCAGAAGAAUGAGCUCACUGACAGGCGCUUCAUCAACCUCAACAAGUGUCCUGCCUGCUUUGGCACCAGCUGGUGCCGCAAGUUCAUGAACGGCCAGGUUUCCUUUGAGACCUGGGGUCGCCUGCGAUUCCUAGACGUCUUCAAUGUCAAGAAUGUUUACUUUGCCCAGUACGGUGAGCCCAGGGAGGGCACCCGUCGCGUAGUGCUCAAACGUCUCGGCUCCAACCAGGAGCUGGCUGAGAUAGACCAGAAAAUCUGCAAGAGGGCCACAGGUAGGCCACGCUGUGACCUCAUCCAGGCAAUGUACAAGACAGAAUUUGCCCGGAUCAAUGGCGAUGUUCGUCUGCUCACUCCAGAGGUGGUGGAGGGGUGGUCAGACCUGGUGCACUGCCCCUCUCAGAGGCUGCUGGAUCGCGUGGUCCGCAGGUAUGCUGAGACCAAAGACUCAGGCAGCUUCCUGCUCAAGAACCUUAAGGACACAGAGAGAAUGCAGCUGCUCAUGACCUUGGCGUUCAACCCGGAACCGCUCGUACUGCAGAGCUUUCCGUCAGACGAAGGGUGGCCAUUCGCCAAGUACCUGGGAGCGUGUGGGCGCGUGGUAGCUGUCAACUACGUGGGCGAGGAGUUGUGGAGCUUCUACAACGCGCCCUGGGAGAAGAGGGUAGACCUGGCGCGGCAGCUGAUGGACAUCGCCGAGCAGCUCACCAACAACGACUUUGAGUUUGCCCUAUACCUGCUCGACGUCAGCUUUGAUAACUUUGCGGUCGGCCCUCGCGACGGGAAGGUCAUCGUCGUUGACGCUGAGAAUGUUCUCGUAGCAGACAAACGGCUGAUCAAGCAGAACAAGCCAGAAAGCUAUGACGUGUGGUACGAGAGCCGCUUUGAGGAUUGUGACAGGGAGGCCUGCCUGUCUUUCUCCAAGGACUCUCUUUGUUCCAGGGUCACUGUAGACCACAACUACUAUGCCGUGUGCCAGAAUCUGUUGUCGCGGUACGCUACGUGGCGGGGCACUACUGGAGGCCUCCUCCAUGACCCCCCCGCCCACAUAGCCAAAGAUGGACAGCUCGAGGCCCUGUUAGACGAGUGCACCAAACCCAAAAAGCGCUACGGCCGCUUCCAGGCGGCUAAGGAACUGCGCGAAUACCUCACACAGCUAGCUGCUGCUUCCUACUCUGCUACGGCAAGGAACCAGAGAGACUGAAACAGCUGCACAUAGGAAAAGGAAGGGGAUAAUUGGACAGUGGCAGUCCCUUGAUGCAGAUGUGCCUAUACCAAAGAGGCUAUAUGUAAUAUUAAGAACCCUGAGCAGUACAGAGUGACAGCACCUUUCCCUCCAGUUGUUCACCACUAGAGUUGUCCAAAGCAACACAACACGUACACAAUCUUCUAUGAGCUAAUUUUCCUAUAACAACGAACCAAAUCUAGAGAUAUCGAGAGAAAGAUUGGCCAUUCUUAAUGUUACACAAUCCCCUCACGUAGGAUUGAUAAAUGAUGAUCAGUUAGGCCUAGACACAUUUUUCUUGAACAAGGUCCAAAAAUCUUGACUUAAAGAAUCAGGCAGAUGAAGUGGAUUUUAAAAGGACAAGGAACAGUGUAAAACUGCAUAGUAGUGGCCUCCAGUGCCAGAUUUCCUUUAAAUGUCUUUAUCUGAUAAAUGAAUCCUAUUGUCAAACUGCACUGGUAAAGUUUUUGCAUCCACUGAAAAGUUUUGUGGAAUAUUUAAGCAUUCAGUACCACUUAGAGGCUGCGUUGAUUUUACACUCAGUGGACCAACAAAUUAAAACAUAAUCACAAACAUAGGCUCAUUCAGUAACGGAUUAUGAGAGAUCUUACUCAAAUAAAAACUUGCCUCUGUAUGUUUUGUAUGUCAUCUGUCUCGAUGUUGUGAAUCAGAUGCUAAAUGCCCAAUGGAGUGUUGUGUAGCAUGGUCAACUUACAGGCCAAUAAUCAAGUAUACAUGAACCAUUACAGGGGAAACUAAAAAGCACAGAAGAUGUUUUUCUUUUUCUUUUUUUUGGGCCUUCUGCGAGACCCGGGGAGACAACGGGACAGUUUGGAAAAGCAAUAAAGAGAAGUUUGGCUUAUGGAUUUUUACCCCCACCAUCCCACAUUUGUUGUGUCCGAUAUUUUUCUGUUUCCCCAGUCUGGAGGACGGUUCAACCUGGAGGGAUUUGUACGUGCAUAACUAACUGUCCACUUUUGUACUGUAAUUUUUCUUUUAAGUAUUAUAUCAGCAUUGUCUGAUUUUUCCUGUGCCUUUCAUUCAAAAGUUGUAUUUACAACUUUUAGUGGGUUUAAAUAUUAAAAUAAAUGA